GGCGGUGCGGGGCUGUGCGAAGCGCUGCGCUCCCGCGGUGGGGGUGGGGAGUGGUCCAGCCGGUCGCCAUGGCUUUCUACGUGCUGUCCACCCUGGGCGGCUACUUGCUCACCUCCGUCCUGCUGCUCAAGUGCCCGACCCUGCUGCACCCGAAGAAGAGGCAGCGGUUCCGCUGCAGGCACAUCUCCCACCGCGGAGGUGCUGGAGAGAACUUGGAAAACACAAUGACAGCCUUUCACCAUGCAGUCGAUGUGGGGACCGAUAUGUUGGAACUGGAUUGCCAUAUUACAAAAGAUGAGCAAGUAGUUGUGUCACAUGACGAAAAUCUGAAGAGAUCAACUGGGGUCAAUGUUAACAUCUCUGAUCUCAAGUACUGCGAACUCCCACCUUACCUGUGCAAACUGGAUGUCACAUUUCAAAAAGCAUGCCAGUGUGAAGGAGAAGAUAACCGCAUCCCUCUGCUAAAGGAAGUUUUUGAGGCAUUUCCCCACACGCCGGUCAACAUCGACAUCAAAGUUAACAACAGUCUACUGAUUAAAAAGGUUUCAGAGUUGGUGAGUCAGUACAAAAGAGAACAUAUAACCGUGUGGGGCAAUGCAAAUUACGAGAUCGUAAAAAAGUGUCACAGAGAGAAUUCAGAUAUCCCUAUCCUCUUCUGCCUACAACGCGUUCUGCUCCUCGUCGGCCUGUUUUACACUGGUCUCUUACCCUUUGUGCCCAUUCGUGAGCAGUUUUUGGAAAUCCCCAUGCCUUCCAUCAUAAUGAAGCUGAAAGAACCUCAGAAGAUGUCACGAAGCCAAAAAUUUAUCAUCUGGCUUGCCGAUAUGCUGCUAAUGAGGAAAGCAUUGUUUGACCACCUCACCGCCCGAGGCAUUCAGGUUUAUAUUUGGGUGUUAAAUGAAGAGCAGGAAUACAAAAGAGCUUUCGAUUUGGGAGCAACUGGAGUGAUGACAGACUAUCCAACAAAACUUAAGGAAUUUUUACAUAAUUAUUCAGCAUAAAGAAGAAAUUGCACAGAAAGAACACAAGGAAACACUCCAAGGAAGAGGGUUCUUUCAAAUUCAUACGCAUAAGCAAUUUCCAGGAUGGUGAAAGUGUAAUCAAAGGAAUUUUAUUACCUCAUUCUUUAGUCUGUUUCACAAUGUAGAAAUUGUAAACAGUAUAUUUAUUUUAAACUGUAUCACAUACUUUACAUCUGUAAAUAGUUUGAUAGGAGGGUACAAAUUGUGCAAAGAAGGUGGAAAAUUAUGGAAUAAGAUUUCUGUAAAAAAGACAGUACUUUUGCUGUUGGUUAUUCUGAAUCAGCCUAAUUAAGAACUUUCCAUCUUUGGAAUUCAUUUCAUCUUAUAUUGAGUUGAGCUCCAGCUAACUAAACUACACUGAGAAAUAUUUUUGUUGCUUUGGGUUUACAGUCUAACCUGCAUACUGGAAAAAAAAAAAGCCAAUGGCAAGAGAAAUCUAAAAUCUGUGAUGUCAUUUGAGAGCCAGAUAAGUACUAUGACUGGACCAGAUGUAAAAUUUGGCCAGAUGUAAAAUUUGUUGACGGGACCAAAUUAUUGAUUUAGUUACUGUGUUUGUGCUGUAUGUAAUAAAAAUGACCUGGUAAACACACAAAAUCGACAUGUAAAUCAGAACUGAGGUCAGAACUCAGGGUUCCUGUUUUUAUGUCCCUCUGAAGAGAUGAACAAUUCCGAUUGGCAACACGAAUGCCUAGUUUUUGUUAUUUUGAGGCUAUAAAUGGAAUAAGGAGAAUGCAGUGUUGCUAUGACUCUUCAUAAUAAUAAAAAUGGUAGCUAUCCCGUUUCCAGGGUUUCUGGCAUAAGCCCCCUAAAUCUGAACAUUUUCAAGACUUUGUCUUGCUAACCUUGUAAUCUCUUUUGAGGGAUAGCUGGGAAACAAAUGUCCUCUACAGUGUGUGAAAUACAGUUUCUCACUUUUUCUAAUUUAAAUGACAAGAACUGUCAUCAUCAGACCACCUGAGCUGUUUGGGCAUCAUUGUCUGAAGUGGUUGUGCAGAUACAGACUCCCAAAGAGAGAUUUCUCAUUGAAUUUGGCCCACAUAAAGUUAUUUUACCUUA